AUGGAGCCCAGAGCCUCUUUCUCCAUUCUAGCCCUGCUGCUGGGUCUCUCUCAGGCUCUCCCUACCACAGAACCUCAGCAUGUGGACAUCACAUCACGCAUUAUCACCAUCAACAACGGGUCCAGUGAACUGUUGGUGGAGGGAGACAUACUUUUGCCAGAAACCAGGAAUUCUCUGGUCUGCCCCAGCAACAAAUGCUUUUGGAAGAAGUCCUCCAAUGGUUUAGUGCAGGUGCCUUAUGUUGUGAGCACUGAUUUCUCUUCUUACGACAAGGAUGUAAUUAAGAAUGCCAUGGCAUCAUUCCGCAAGAAAACCUGCAUUCGCUUUGUUCCCAGAACAGUUGAACCUGACUACAUCAGCAUCAAAAGCCUAGAUGGGUGUUACUCAGCUGUGGGCAAAACAGGUGGUGCUCAGGUGCUCUCUCUCAACAGGAACGGCUGUGUGUACCAUGGAAUCGUCGAGCACGAGCUGAACCAUGCACUCGGUUUCUACCACGAGCAUACCAGGAGCGACCGUGACAACUAUGUCAGGAUCAACUGGCAAAACAUUGACCCAGCAAUGCAGUCCAAUUUCAACAAGGAGAACACCAACAAUCUGAACACACCAUACGACUACAGCUCUGUGAUGCACUAUGGAAACACGGCUUUCUCCAUCAACGGAAAGGACACCAUAACUCCUAUUCCUGAUGCAUUGGUGGCGAUUGGACAGAGAGUUGAACUGUCCACCAUCGACGUUAAGAGGAUCAAGAUUCUGUACGAGUGCUAAACUUUACAUCCGAUGACAUGAUAUUUUUAUCUGAUAGUUCUUCCUCUGUAGCUUGUCAUAAAUGUGCUAUAAUAUUCUCAUAGCACAUAAAUAAAAAUGGAGCAAUAAAAGUAUGUGAUGUGUUAUGUGACUUUAAUGUCAUAUAAUAAAAUUAAUUAAAGCAAAUGUCUUAUCUGUCAUGUUAAGUUAUUUUCUAGGCUCAGGCCAAAACUGAGUGAGUGAAAUGUAUUAAUAAAAUAUAUA